AUGGAGACCGCAAAGAUAAGGGUUCCGCACGGGGUACGGGUGAGAGGCAAUCUCGCAACUACUAACUGUGAGGAUAGCAACAGGGGCAGCGAAUGGUGUGUAGUUGUGGUCGGAGGCGCGGUGCGCGGUGAAGGGUUCACAGUUGAAGGGGGAGCUGAGCUCACAAUCUUGGUGGAUGAGGAUAAUGGAGAGUGGGUGAGUGAGGGUCACGACUGGGCUAUGAUGGCAGCUGGUGAUUUGGAAGAGGUUGAGGAUGGGGGAGAAGAGUGGUGGCUGGAGCUGGAGGUGAGGGAGGCUUACGGGUGGUAG